CUCAGAGAUGGCUCUGACCAUGGAGCUGUAUGGCACCCCUGCCUCCAGGCUGGACUCCUUCGUGGCUCAGUGGCUGCAGCCCCACCGGGAGCAGAAAGAAGAGGUUCUGGAGGCUGUGUGGACCGUGCAAAAAUUCCUGAGGGAAGAGCACUUUGAGGGGGAUUGUGGACUGGACCAGAAGGUGCGGGUGCUCAAGGUGCUCAAGGUAGGCUCCUUCGGGAACGGCACAGCGCUCAGGAAUAGCUUGGAGGUGGACCUGGUGGUGUUCCUGAGCUGUUUCCACAGCUUCCAGCAAGAGGCCAAGCACCACCGAGCCAUUCUGAAUCUGAUGCGGAAAAAGCUAUGGUAUUGCCAGGAUCUGCUGGCCCUUGGGCUCGAGGAUGUGGAAAUCGUCCAAGGAGUCCCUGAUGCUCUCGUCUUCACCAUCCAGACCAGGGGGACUGCAGAGCCCAUCACUGUCACCAUUGUGCCUGCCUACAGGGCCCUGGAGCCUUCUGUUUCCAACUCUCAGCCACAGCCUGAGGUCUAUGUGAAUCUGAUUGAGGCCCACGGUUACCCUGGAAAUUUCUCCCCAUCCUUCAGCGAGCUGCAGAGAAACUUCGUGAAACAUCGGCCAACCAAGCUGAAGAGCCUCCUCCGCCUCGUAAAGCACUGGUACCUGCAGUACGUGAAAGCCAAGUGCCCCAGGGCUGAGCUACCCCCUAACUAUGCCCUCGAGCUGCUGACCAUCUACGCCUGGGAGAUGGGUACUCAGGAAAAUGAGAAUUUCAGGCUGGACAAAGGCUUCACCACUGUGAUGGAACUACUCCAGGAGUAUAAGUUCCUCUGCAUCUACUGGACCAAGUACUACACAUUCCAGAACCCAGUCAUCAAGGAUUUUGUCAGAAAACAGCUCAAAAGAGACAGGCCCAUCAUCCUGGAUCCAGCUGACCCCACCCACAAUGUGGCCGAAGGGUACAGAUGGGACAUAGUCGCUCAGAGGGCCUGCCACUGCCUGAAACAUGACUGUUGCUAUGACAACAAGGAGAACCCGGUCCCCAGCUGGACCGUGAAGACGGCACGGGACAUCCAAGUGACAGUAGAACAGUGGGGUUACUCAGACUUGAUCUUUAGGGUGAACCCUUACGAGCCCAUAAAGAAGGUUCAAGAGAAGAUCUGGCAGACCUGGGACUCCUUGGGCCUGCAGCAUCUGUCCCUCCAGGAGCCUGGUGGCAAGCGACAGCUCCUCAGUAGCCAGUGCUGCUUGGCCGAUUACAGCAUCUUCUCCAACAUUCGCCUCUAUCUGGUGGAGACCACCUCCUUCGAAAUCCAGGUCUUUGUGAAGAAUCACGAUGGGGGGAGCCACGCCUAUGCCAUUGACCCCAAAAGCUUCAUCCUGGGCCUGAAGCAGCAGAUUGAAGACAAGCAGGGGCUGCCCAGAAAGCAGCAGCAGCUAGAGUUCCAAGGUCAAGUCCUGCAGGAUUGGUUGUCUUUGUGCAGCUACGGGAUCCAGGACAGUGACACCCUUAUCCUCUCCAGGAAGAAAGCUGAAAGGUUUCCAUUUUCACCCAGCUAAUCUGGGACUCGGCAUAUCAACCACUUCUUCCAGCUCUCCCCUGGGGAGGUGCCAUGUCCUCACCAGCUUUGUACACAGUUAGCCUAGCCCUGCCAGUGGAAGAAUGAGGAGGGAUGUGAGACACUUGGUAUACAAAGGACAAUGGCCAGACCACAUAGGACGACAGGAUUCUGACACACAACCUCUGCAGCCCCCAGCCCGGGAAGCCAAACCACCACCUCUGCAGCAGUCAACCCCGAAUCGUCAGGACUUGGUCACUGUCAGCUUCCCUAAUUCCACCUCACUUCCAACUUAGAACCAACCAGAAAAAGCCAAAUAAGCCCCCUAACCAAUCACAGUGAGGACGGCCUGCUUCUAGUUAGCUACCUACUGCUUCCCCAUGCCGACAGCUUCAAUCAGGACGUACCCGAAGCCUUCUCUUUUUUCCACUAUAAAGCUUUUGCUAUCUUGGAGUCUCUGUCAGUCUGCAGGAGACAGUGGCUGACUCCCUU